AUGUCAGAUGAGGAGAUGAAUAAAGGUAAACCCCCAUCCCCCGAUGCUCCGGGUGACCACUCUUCGUCCAACUUCAUCUCUUGGUGGGGUACAGGGGAUCUGGGUUGGCUUCUGGGAACAGGAGGCAACGCGGCGAGCUUGGAUCGCAUUCAGGAGUUGAAGAGACAAACGCUCCUCCUCACCCACGGAGACUACGCGGGCCGGUUGUGGAACUGCCUAGUGGAGGUAUCCAAACGCCGGGACAUGCGCCGCCUUCCCUACAGGGUCGCCCAAUUCCGCGAUAAGCUCAUUCAGGAAUCCUCGGAUCCCUCCGGAAGACAACCCCACAUCGAACAACUAGAGGAGUGUGUCCGACACCUCCAACGACAGUCGUUCGAUGUCGACCUAGGAAUGGCCAAGCUGGCAAUUCUGGUAUACAGUAGACGGAACGAAGUCUGUCAUGCAGCGGUAGGGAAGCCGGAUGUUUCGAAGGACCUCGCCAAGCUGUGGCAGGUUAUCGAUCAUGACAAGGAACAUCUUCCCGAGGCCCUGCCAGACGAUCAGCUCCUCUACCAUACCACCUGGCAACGGAUUCUCACCUUCUACGGCUCCUCGCAAAGUUGGAUCAAUCUCAAACCUGGUACUCGGUUUGCACGUCCUUUGCCCGAGCCCGACUUCAGACUCCGACCGGAUAAGGCAAGCCGCGUGCGAGCCUUCGACAACAGAGAAUGCGGAGAUCGAGUCGACGCGGUCUUCCAGACAUUCAAGGAGCGGAUCCCGGUCACCUCUCGUCCUGUUUCCAGCCAAACGCGGGCGAGGCACAGUGUGUCAGAUCCAACUCCCUACAUCCUCCCCAGGAAAAGGCGUGCCUCUGGAUCGCCGGACUCCGAAGGAGGUGGCCUAGGAAGCACCGCCGCCGAGAGACUCCCCACCGUGGCCUUUGGAAACGAUGUGGAUACUCGUCAAUUUCAAGCUUUCUACGAGGAUCUCCGCACUCUGUAUGACAAGGAUCCGGAAAGGGGCCGCAAGGCUCUUGAGGGGGCACGGAGAGUGGUCACCCGUGAGAUUGCUAACCAUGACGACCCCAGGCCAGCGAAGAGGAGGAAGGGGAGGGAGUAG